AUGGACAUCUACCGGGUCAAUGUUCCCAUGCAUCAAAAAGUGGUCAACGUGUCGGUUAUCGACGCAGGUGACAAGAUACCCAAGGAUUUCAACGAUGUUGACGCGGUCCUUAUGGCAUUCAGCACGGUAUCCCAAGAUUCCUUCGCAAAGAUUAAGUUAUGGUCCAGCUUAAUGCAUUCAUUCCGCGAACAGGAGAAACCCAUGGCCUUGGUGGGGACUAAAAUGGACCUCGAUCCGCAGCUGGUCUCGUAUGAGGAUGGCUUUACCCUAAGUCAAGAAGUGGGAGCUUGUUACUUUCACCUUUCGACCAGCAAUUAUGGCAAGGUUCGAGAUGUAUUCAACUUUCUUCUUCAGCGACGUCUUCUCCCUGAAAUGCAGCCACCAAUGCUCGCACAGAGGCAGAGUCAAGGUACAACCCAACAGACAUCAAUCUUGAACAUACGAGGCUGGCUCUGGCCAUUUUUCCCGACCUGUGGGUGGCCGCGGAAGACUGAGAGUAAAGCAUGGUACUCUUAA